GCACAUAUAUGAAUCUAUCGUUAUGGCGGGACAGUGAAGCUGAACGUUUUGGCAGUUAGUUAGAAGUUAAUUGAGCUGGGAAAAUACGCGCAUCUCAUCAGGGGAUUUACUCCAACAGCAAUUCCAGCCAACUGUUUAAGUUGUUUAUCACACGAUUCUUUAAAGAAAAUGACUGAUGGCAAUGAGAAACUUAAACAAAUGGAGGAGGAGAUGGAUAGAUUCGAGGCUGAGAUUGCUCAUCAGUCGUCAGGCAAGACACCGAAUAAUAUUCCAAUCUCUGGAGGAUUUACAUUCCCUCCUGUUACUAGCUUUAUGCCUCCCCAGUUACGUGUUCAUCAAAACCCGACCAACGUCGUGCAGCCAGUUUAUUCGGUCUUACCACUGCCUCCCGGGGUUCCCAUGUUUGUUCCCCUUUCUCAACCUCCUGUGUCUUGUUACCAUAUGAAUGUCGCUCACACGCAGUUGCCGCCAUCAAAUCCUGUUUUCAUGCCUUCAAAGGCAUCUAAUAUGUCGAUCCCAACACCAAAAGUGGAAAUGUCUCCCGUUUCAUCAGUUAACAAAGAGACUGUUAGUGAACAUAACCCAACUCAAAAAGUUAUAUCUGCCCCACCACAAAUGGCUGGACCAAACGAGUUAGCGGCACGAGCCAAGCAAGCCGCUGCGGCGGUUGCAGCUGCCAAGUCUAAAGCUGAAGACGAAGACGAUGAUGUUACUCGAGCAUUGCUAGCUGCGGCAGCGGGAGUUACUUAUACUCGAGUUCAGGGGCCAGAUGGAAAAGAAAAGGUUUUAGCAAGUAUCACUAAACCUCCGCUAACACCAGUCGUUACACAAUCAAGUAAAAAAUCAAAGCUAACCGAUCUCAAUACAGAUACGGAAGUGAACAAAGUAACACAAACAACAAUACUACCACCGGUACCACCUACAAUUUAUCGUUCUGCUAGUACAACUACAAAUGAUCAAGUCUAUAAAAAGAAAAAGUACAUUCGCACAGCUGCUGGAGCCACUUGGGAAGAUCCGACUUUGGUUGAAUGGGAUCCAAAUGACUUCCGAUUAUUUUGUGGGGAUUUGGGAAAUGAAGUGACAGAUGACACUCUAGCACGAGCAUUUAACCGCUACCCUUCUUUUCAAAAAGCAAAAGUUGUUCGAGACAAACGUACCAGUAAAUCUCGUGGUUAUGGUUUCGUUAGCUUUUCUGAUCCUGGAGAUUUCACACGUGCCAUGCGAGAAAUGAAUGGUAAAUAUGUUGGUAAUCGUCCGAUCAAACUGAAAAAAAGCGAGUGGCGUAAUCGUCAACUGGAAGUCCAUAGAAAAAAGGAGAAAGAAAAACGAAAACUUGGUUUGAAAAACUGAUAUUUUUAACCGAAGUCUAUUAAAUUUAUCCUGUGAAUAUUUUCCUACUUUUGAAAUACAAAGACUCAAGAUAAUCAUAGCAUUUCCCAGUAUUAUUUCUAUACUUGUUGGAAUUAAAACCUUCAACAAAUCGUUGUCCUUUUUAUGCUGAUGGAAUUUACUAGACCAGACGAGUUUUGUUAUACGUUAUAUUCUGAGGCUUUAUAGAUUAUAAGAUUGAAGGUUUUUAGAAGGAACUUUUUAAUCGAGACAUGUAGGUUGUUUAUACUUAAACAGUUUAUGGUGUUUGUGGUGAUAGGACCAACUCUUCAAUGACCAGCAUAAAUUUAUAACUGCUAGUUGGUGCUCACAUUUACUUUUCUAUCAGAGUAAACACGUGUAGUUUAUCAUUACGGCUAUUAAAAUAAGUGGUAGUAGAAAGCGUUCUAUGUUGCCACACGUAACCACUAC